CAAGUUGGUCCAUGCCUGCUUUAAACCCACUGGGCCGUGGUCUGGAUGGCCUUUGGGGUGCCUCCCGCGGCCGUGAUUUCCUGAUGACGUUGAGUUGUUUUUCCUUUUGUUUUCCUUCCGCAGGUUCCCUCUCUAGGGAGGUAGAUGUGAAGUUUUCUUUCCGUUGUUUUGUUUUCUCUUCUUCUUCUGUUCUCCUUCUCCCCCUUUUCCCGUUCCCUUUUUGUUCACACCAAGUCUUUUCUGCACUUCAGGUUGUUAGGAAGUCUUCCUUCCCCCCCGCUUGAGGUUAAAAACCUGGGGGCUCCAAAAAGUGUUAACCCUCCUCCCGUUGGGGGCUAGAGCUUAAUUUAAAUGGCGACCGAUCUGUCCGACGCUGACCCCGGCGCAGGCCGUAAGGCGCUUCCACUCUUAACGGGAGCUCCCCCGGACAAGUUGAGCGAGGCCCUCGAAGACGGCACCAUGCCAAUCCGCCGGGCUGUGAACGCUUCCACGCGGGAAACGCCUCCCAAGAGCAAGCCGGCCGAAGGCGAGGAGGCCAAGCCAGACCCUGAUGCCAGUUCAGAGGAAUCUGCCUCAACUGUGGAGGAGCAGGAGAGUGAGGUUCCGCCGCCCGCUGCCACAGCUGAUCCCGCCACUGCUGCGGAGACAGAGCCUGCCAAGGAGUCCACCGAGGCCGAGGGAAAGGAAGAGGCCAAGCCCCCCGAGGAAGCCAAGAAGGAGGAGAAAGACCCUGCGAAAGACAAGGAGAAGAAAGUCAAGAAGACCAUCCCCGCCUGGGCCACCCUUUCAGCCAACCAGCUUGCCCGGGCGCAGAAGCAGACCCACUUUGCGGCCUCCUCCCGCCCCAAGAUGGAUGCCAUUUUGAUUGAGGCCAUCAAGGCGUGCUUCCAGAAGGGUGGGGCCUCAGUGGUGGCCAUCCGGAAAUACAUCAUCAACAAGUACCCCUCGCUGGAGCUGGAGCGGAGGGGCUUCCUCCUCAAGCAGGCCCUCAAGAGGGAGCUGGCGCGGGGCGCCAUUCGGCAGGUGAAGGGCAAAGGAGCCUCCGGGAGCUUCGUGGUGGGCCCAAACUCAGGGAAAACAGCCUCCAAAUCCAGGGACCGGAAGAAGAACUCCUCAGCCUCGGCUCCGGAGCCGGCGGUGAAGCUGGAGGAUGUCCUGCCCUUGGCCUUCACCCGCCUCUGUGAACCCAAGGAGGCCUCCUACAGCCUGAUCAAGAAGUACGUCUCCCAGUACUACCCCAAGCUCAAGGUGGACGUCAGACCUCAGUUGCUGAAGAAUGCCUUACAGAGGGCUGUGGAGAAGGGCCAGCUGGAGCAGAUCACUGGCAAAGGAGCUUCCGGCACUUUCCAGCUGAAGAGGUCCGGGGAGAAGCCUCUGCUGGGUGGGAGCCUGAUGGAGGACGCCAUCCUGUCGGCCAUCGCGGCCAUGAACGAGCCCAAGACCUGCUCCACCACCGCCCUCAAGAAGUACGUCCUGGAGAAGCACCCGGGGACCAACUCCAGCUUCCAGGUCCAUCUCCUGAAGAGGACCCUCCAGAAGUGCGAGAAGUUCGGCUGGAUGGAACAGAUCUCCGGGAAGGGCUUCAGCGGCACCUUCCAACUGUGCUUCCCCUACUACCCCAGCCCCGGGGUUCUCUUCCCGGAGAAACAGAAAGCAGCCCAGGAUUCGGAGGAAGAGGAGUCCGAUGAGGAAGAGGAGGAGUCUGAGGCCUCCGAGGAAGAGGAAGAGUCCGAGGAGGAGGAGCCGCCACCAAAGAAAAGGAUGCAGAAGCGGCCCCCUCCCAAGGCCCGGAACCGGCCCCCUGCCCUGGCCAAGCGGCGGGAGCGCAAGCCCAAGCCCCGCAAGGGCCCACCGCCCAAGGCCAAGCCCGCAGCCAAGGCUAAGCCCGCGGCCAAGCCAGCUCAAGCCCCGAAGGCCAAGGUCGCAGCCAAGGCACCCCCCGCCAAGAAGGCCAAGAAGCCCGGGGCCCCACCGCCGCCCCCUCCCCCUCCUCCCCGCCCGGCCCCCAAGAGCCUCUCGGGGAAGGGCCCCUCCACCAAGAAGAAGCCCCCGCCGGCUGUCAGCCCCAAGAAAGACCUGAAGGCCGCCAAGGGCAAGAAGGGGAAGCCCUCCAUGCGGAAGUCCCUGCGCGCCAGGAAGUAGGCCUCCCUCCGCCUCUGGCAGAGAAGCGCCACGCAGCAACAACAACAACAACACCGCACAGUCGGUCGCUCUGGCGCUUCGGCCUCCCUCCUGGCCUCUUCCCUGCCUCCCUCCUUCCCUUUCCUGUCUUUUUCUCUCCUUCUUCUCUUCCUCCCCCUGACCCUUUUCCCGUCAAAACCAGAAACGUUGGACUGUUCUUUGAGAAGCAAAAAAUGACAAAACACAAAAAAGGAGCAAUCUGUACAGGGUGCAUCUUGGAAUUUUGGCUAUUAAAAAAUAUGGUUGUGGA